CAGUCAUGUGAUCAGCUGUGUUCAAUCACAGCUGAUCACAUCACUGAUGAUCAGUGUGCCCUGAUCAGUGUAGCCCCAGCAGUGCCAGCUAUCAGUGCCACGUGCCAGUGCCUACCAGUGCACAUCAAUGCCACAUAUCAGUGCCCAUCUGAGCUGCCUUUCAGUAUCAGCCAUCAGUGCUGCCAGUCAGUGCCGCCUUUCAGUGCCCAUCAGUGAUGCCUGUCAAUACCCAUCAGUGACACCUACCUGUGCCUCCUCAUCAGUG